AGUUGUUGAGAAAUGCUGUUCAAACCAUUUGCUCAAAUCUAUUUUUAGGUCUUUCAGGGGUGGUUCAAGUUUUUCUUUCUUUCUUUUUAAAAAUUUUUUUAAAAAAGAUUUUAAUUACUUAUUUGACAGAGAUGAUAAGUAGGCAGAGAGAGAGAGAGAGGGAAGCAGACUCACUGCCAAGCAGAGAGCCCAGUGCUCAUCUCUAUCCCAGGACCCUGAGAUCAUGACCUGAGCAGAAGGCAGAGGCUUAACCCACUGAGCCACCCAGCCCUGCCUUCUCUGGACUCCACACAUCUCCAGAAGAAGAAGCCAGAAAACCGAUCAGUCCUGACAGUUCUAAAAAACAUGCCCCAUUGGUUGGUGACUUUCAGGGAUGUGGCCAUCAACUUCUCUCAAGAAGAGUGGGAAUGCCUUAACUCCACUCAGAGGGACUUGUACAGGGAUGUGAUGUUGGAGAACUACAGCAACCUGAUCUCACUGGACUUGGAAUCCAGUUGUGAGACCAAAAAGUCAUUUCCAGAAAAGGGAGCUUAUGAAAUGGAAUCACUGCAAUGGGAGAAUAUGAGGAAACCUAUCAGCCAUAACCUUGAUUACAGUGGUCUUAGAGAUACAGUGGAGGGCAAAGGAAUGUUUGAAGGUCAACAGAAAAGUCAGGAAGGACUUUACAUGCACAUGAAAAUUACCUAUGGUGAAAAAGCCACUCAGAGCCAUUCUAUGUCACCUACUCUUCAGAUAAAUCCUACCAAGGAAAAAUUGUACAAAUGUAAGGAAUGUGAACAAGCUUUCAACUACUUGCCAUGCCUUACUCAACAUGAGAAAAGUCAUAAUAAAGAAAAACACUCUGAAGUUAAGAAACAUAGGAAGACCUUCAGCAAAAAGCCACCCUAUAUUCAACAUCAGAGGAUUCAGAAUAGUGAAAAGCCUUAUGAGUGUAUGGAAUGUGGGAAGGCUUUUGGUCGUAGUUCUGAUCUGAUUCAACAUCAGAAAAUUCAUACUAAUGAAAAACCUUACCAGUGUAAGGCAUGUGGGAAGGCUUUUAUUCGUGGUUCACAGCUCACUGAACAUCAGAGAGUUCAUACAGGAGAGAAACCAUAUGAAUGUAAGAAAUGUGGAAAAGCCUUUAGUUAUUGUUCACAGUAUACCCUCCAUCAGAGAAUUCAUAGUGGUGAAAAACCCUAUGAAUGUAAGGAAUGUGGGAAGACCUUUAUUCUUGGCUCCCAGCUUGCUUACCAUCAGAGAAUUCAUAGUGGUGAGAAACCCUAUGAGUGUAAGGAAUGUGGAAAGGCCUUUAUUCUUGGUUCACACCUUACUUAUCAUCAAAGAGUUCAUACUGGUGAAAAGCCUUACAGAUGUAAAGAAUGUGGGAAGGCCUUUUUAUGUGCCUCCCAACUUAAUGAACAUCAGAGAAUCCAUACUGGUGAGAAACCCUAUGAAUGUAAGGAAUGUGGGAAGGCCUUUUUUCGUGGCUCACAACUAACUUACCAUCUGAGAGUUCAUACAGGUGAGAGACCCUAUAAAUGCAAAGAAUGUGGAAAAGCCUUUAUUUCUAAUUCUAAUCUUACUCAACAUCAGAGAAUUCAUACAGGUGAAAAACCCUACAAAUGUAAAGAAUGUGGGAAGGCCUUUAUUUGUGGCAAACAACUUAGUGAACAUCAGAGAAUUCAUACAGGUGAGAAACCCUUUGAAUGUAAGGAGUGUGGAAAGGCUUUUAUUCGUGGUGCAUAUCUUACUCAACAUGAGAAAAUUCAUGGUGAGAAGCAUUAUGAAUGUAAGGAAUGUGGGAAGACCUUUUUUCGUGCCACACAACUUACAUAUCACCAGAGAAUUCAUACAGGUGAGAAACCCUACAAAUGUAAGGAAUGUGACAAGGCUUUUAUUUAUGGCUCACAACUUAGUGAACACCAGAGAAUUCAUAGAGGUGAAAAACCCUAUGAAUGUAAGCAAUGUGGGAAGGCUUUUAUUCGUGGCUCACAUCUUACUGAACAUCUAAGAACUCAUUCCGGUGAGAAACCUUAUGGAUGUAAGGAAUGUGGGAAGGCCUUUAGUCGUGGCUCGGAACUUACUCUACAUCAAAGGAUCCAUACUGGUGAGAAACCUUAUGUGUGUGUUCAAUGUGGUAAAGACUUUAGACGUCAUUCACAACUUACUCAACAUAUGAGGCUUCAUAAUUGAAAAAGCCUUGAAUAUGAUUUAAUAUAAGAAAGGCUUCCAAAAAAAGAAAGAAUGAAAGAAAGGAAAGAAAAGAAAAGAAAAGAAAAGAAAAGAAAAGAAAAGAAAAGAAAGGCUUCCAUGUCUUCAACAACUCUAGAAUGUCAGAGACCCAUGUUAUGUUCAUAAUGAAUUUAGAACAUCUUCUGCUUGUGCUCAAAAUCGAUUAAUUUUUAGAAAGCUUAUAUUAAUGAAUGCGGAAGUAACUUCUGGAACCCAUUAAACAUUUUUAAGAAUCUCUACACCUUGGAAUGUAAUGCUGAAGUAUACCCUUUAUUGAACACCAUUUCUAUUUCACCAUUUUCUGUGCAAUUGGAGAAGUUACUUAACUUCUCUAUACCUCAGUUUAUUUGUGUAAAAUAAUGUAAUGAUAUCACGUUGAUUAAAUUAUAAAUGAUUAAUUGUAUGCAACUCCUGAUGGAAGGUAUCUAUUAUUGCCAUUAUUAUGUGCUAUUAGAGAAGUCAAAUGGUAAGAAUAUUUUUGAGUACAGAAAGAUGUAAGCAUUUUAUUACUAUCUAUCUCGUUUUUUGUUUUUGCUUUAGAUUUUAUUUGAGAGAAAGAGAGAGAGCACAUGUGCACAAGUGAGUUUGGGGGGUGGCUGAGGGCGGAGCCUGAUGAGGGGCUCAAUCCCAGGACCCUGGGAUCAUGACCUGAGCCAAAGGCAGGUGCUUAACCAACUGAGCCACCCAGGCACACCCCUUUUUGUUUUGUUUUUACCAUCUAUCCCUUUUUGAACACCAGAUAAUUUAUUCUAUGUCAGAAGCUUUAGAAUAUAAUAAGGGCAGGAAGCUCUCCAUUUUAGAGCUCAUAAGUUUUGCUGCAUCAGAUAAUAAAUACUGCAAACAAAUUAUAGAAGAAAUUUCUUCAGGGUUAUAGAGCUUUUUUUAUAAAAUCAAGGACAGUUGAUUUUUCUGAAGCAAAUUCCAAAAGCAGAAGUUGUUAUUUUACAUUUUCUAAUUAAUAUUUUAAGGGGAAAAUAAUAUAUCAAGAAAAUGAUAGCCAAGUAGCUCCAUUAAAAUUAAAAAAAUUACUAAAAGAAGAAAAACUAUGUAACUUACUACUGUCUUAAAUGAGAAAUCAAAAUUUACCAACUAUAGUUUUUUCUCAUUAUCUGUAUCUAAUCCAUUCCUGAUAAUAUAUUGAGUAGUACAUUUUCAGAGGCCCAAAUUUCAGAGUCUACAUUGCAUUAUUUUAAAUGGGAAAAAUGAUAAUGUGUUUUCAGCCCAUUCAAAUGUCCUGAUUAGGGGGCACCGGGGUGGCUCAGUGUGUUAAGCCUCUGCCUUCAGCUCAGGUCAUGAUCUCAGGGUCCUGGUAUUGAGCCCCGCAUCGGGCUCUCUGCUCGGCAGGGAGCCUGCUUCCCUCUCUCUUUCUCUGCCUGCCUUUUUGCCUAUUUGUGAUCUCUCUCUCUGUCAAAUAAAUAAAUAAAAAUCCUCCCCCCCCCCAAAAAAAAACCCCACAAAUGUCCUGAUUAGGUUUAAAUUCAACUUUAGCCAUCUACUUGAUUGCUCUCAAAGAUUUCAGAAUAAUAGAAAACAUUUUAAAUCCAGUAAACAAGUAAAUAAUUAGCAGAUGUGAUUGUGCAUGCAAUGAUUUUAUUUUUUAAAUGAUUUUAAAAUCAUUUAAUAAAUAAUGUAAGGAGAGAGAAAGAAAGCAUUUGAGAGAAAGCAUUUGAGAGAGAAAGAAAGCAUGAGCAGGGGGAGGGGGAGAGGGAGAGAGAGAAGCAGAGUCUUGCUAAGCAGGGAGCCCAACAUGGGGCUUGAUCCCAGGACUUGAGAUCAUGAUCUGAGCUGAAGGGCAGAUGCCUCACCCGCUGAGCAACCUAGGUGCCCCUACAUGCAAUGAUUUUAUUUCAUUUUUUUAAAAAGAUUUUAUUUAUUUAUUUGACAGACAGAGAUCACAAGUAAGCAGAGAGGCAGGCAGAGAGAGAGGAGGAAGCAGGCUCCCUGCUGAGCAGAGAGCCCGAUAUAGUGCUCGAUCCCAGGACCCUGAGAUCAUGACCUGAGCCAAAGGCAGAGGCUUUAACCCACUGAGCCACCCAGGCACCCCACAUGCAAUGAUUUUAAACAUAAAGUAUGGAUUAUGUUUUCCUUCUACACUUCAAGAAACAGAUACUAUGAUAUAAAUAAUGCAAUGCAUUAGUACAUAAUGGACACAAAUAAUAAUUAAGAAAAUAAAAUAAUAAUAGUAAUAGUAAAAUAAAAACUACUGAUAGAGUAAUUGAAACAGAAGUUCCCCAAACAAUACUUAACCUUUUCUACAUGUGAUGUGCUCUGCUGUUUUCUAUUAUAUUGUCUGUUAUAAACACUACAGUCCACUCCAUUGUAUUCACAACUUAAUACUGUUCAUUAUCCCCACUCUGAAAGACACUGCUUUUAUAGUUUAUUGUACAAAAUUAUAAUCCAGGGCCCCCUGGGUGGCUCAGUCGGUUGAGUGUCUGACUCUUGAUUUUGGCUCAGGUCAUGAUCUUAGAGUUACGAGAUUGAGCCCUGCAUGCACACACUUUCUCUCUCUUAAGAAAAAUUAUAAUCCAAGUGCUAAUUUGCCAUUUUUAAACGUAUAAAAAAAUUGAGAACCAUCAGAACUCCCCUAAUCAUUAGAGUAACCACCGUGAUGCUCAUGCAGUUAUGCAUUCCCUGCUGAGAUUGGACAAACUAUGGCAUCAUUACCACAUUGAAUUUAAAGAAAAUGUAAAUAAUGAAAUGUAACUAAAACUUUAUUUGCUACAUUUAUUGUAAGUCAUUGGUCUGCAUCUGGCAUGUAACAUAUUUGCAUAUUAGCAGAAUAUACCCUGAGUCAAAAUCUCCCCAAAUAUGUUCAAAACAUAAUAACCUCCAAAUACCACUGGAGAAGAGGGGCUUGUCUCAUUGCAUUCUGCAGUGUAUAACUGAAUUCCCUUACCGGCCAGUGAAUUCCACUUGAACAAGCCAAAUUAAAAGGCUAUGAGAAGACCUGCAAUAAAGAAAAUAUUACCAUUGUUUAACCCAUUGUUUCCCAGUCCUGACCAUGAAUGCUUUCUCCAAAAUACUUACUAUCUUUGGGUUAUGAGCACACUUUGAGAAAGCCAUUGCUGACCAAAAGGAAUAAUUAUGAGAGGAAAUUUAAGGCAUGAUGGCAGUUAACUAAAUUUGGUGGGUGGUGUAGUACUUUUCUGUUCUACAAUUAGUACACUAUACAGAGUCCCACUAGCUCAAGUUUUCACAACCCUUUCCCUGUUCUCUCAAUCUAGAUUGAUGUAGUUAGAUUUUUAUUCUUUUUUUUUUUUUUAAAGAUUUUAUUUAUUUAUU